UAAAAUGCAUCUUAAUUUAUACAAUUUCAAACACCAAGGUUACUGGUAGUUAAUUCAAUUAGUGCGGUACUGUUUCCUAGCAACAUGGGACAACUAGCAAGAGCUAAAGAAAAAAACAGAAGAACUUGUGCUGGAAAGAAAGGAGGGCAGUGACAGAGGAGCAGGUGACAGACACUCAGUACCUCUGCCUCCCACCACACAUGCACACUUUGGACUCGACUGCUUUAAACCAUAUCAUGAAUUAGGUAUUUGAGCAUUGUGCUGAUGUGUAGCCUGAUGUCACGCUGGGCCUGAAGGGGCCUGAAGAGCUGAGAAAGAAGGCUGCAGAGGGAAAAUACAAGUGAGCAAAGGAGAGCAAGUGCACUUCUCAGGUUUUAUGAUGACAUUUUUUUUUCUUUAUAGUCUAUCUUUUGCCUCCCACAUAUAUGCUGUCCUCCUUCGUUCGCUGUCUGCCUCCCUGAAUUUGAAAUGCUAAUAAUCUUCUCAGCACUAGAAAUAUUCUGACUCUCUUUCUUCUAUCUGUCUCUCCUUCUCCUCCGCUCAGAUUUGUCUGUCUGCCACACUUUCUCUGUGCGCUCCACAGUAGUCUCUCUAGUCAUUCCUCGGUUCCCUCGAUCCCUGAGAUCUGUCAGACUUUCUCAGCUUUCCAUCUGUCAGUCAGAGUUAAAGUUUUAUCACCUGCAUCUUUCAAUACUUUCUUUGCAACUGUUAAAUACUAAUAGACAAGGUAUUAAAAGAUAACUAAUAAUACUACUGCUCAUAAUAAGUAUCAUACUAGUAUUAUACUAAUCAAAACCUUUCAUAAAAGGCUGCUACAUCUGUAAUAUAAGGCAUUAAGAAAAGACAUAACAUGCAAUGUGAACUGACAGUCAGAGAACACAAACAAACUGAACAUCAGAAUUGUUCUCUGGUCUUGUUUCACUGUUUGCCUUCUCAAGUGUGCUCAGCAACUGUUCCGCAAGACACAAAACCAUAUCAAAUUCCAGACGUAAGCUGUUUAAGGUCUCCUACUUUCAGUUAGUACAACAGCCUGCAACAGUGAGUUGAGUGUUGAGUUUUCUCCAAGAAACAUCUUAACUAUCACUGUAAAAAAGGUAAGAUAAAACACUAACAAAACUGCUUUGUUAUGGUAGUUUAAAUGUUUUAACCUUUUGAAUCCAGAGCUUCAAAAAUAUGACAUUUUUUAAUGUUGUAACAGUCAUAAAUUUGAUUGCAUAAAACAAUUUAGUAACUGUACCAGAAUGAAUUUGUAGGUGUCUUUGAACUAUUUCAGAAAAUUCGUUCCUGCUCUAGUGUCGCCUUAAGUACUUCUAUAAAAAUGUAUUUCAUGUUGUAAUUUAUGAUAAGUUGUGCUAACCACAGUAUAAUUAUUACAUUUAAAUGUAUAUUACUAUAAAAGAAUUGUUGCCUUAUUUUUAGAUAUCAUUAUGUAGUCAUGGCUGCUGUUGUCAUGACUGUGGUUGCUAUAGGUUGCAGAAGAGCAACAUUGUUUUUUUUGAUUUCUACAUAUCUGUUAUAAGGGAAUUGACUUUAUUUUGUACUAAAGUGUCUGCAUUUUAUUUAUUGGAACUCAUAUAUGACGAAAAUACUUCAUACUUGAAUAAAUAAGUAGUAGUCAUUUUAGUAGUAGUAGUUGUAGCAACAUGCUGAAAAGCUAAACUUUUUUUGAGACCUGUUUUCUUCUACAUUGAUCUACAUUGUAUAAAGUGCUUUAGAAAUCAAAGUGUCUUGACGGUAACAUUAAUAAAGAGUGUGCAAAAUGUAAGAUUAAAACUUUUGCCUGAUAGGGAAUUUAGUGAUGAAUUACCUCACAUUGUUUUGUGCUUAAGCGUUGCUGUAUAUUAUUUUAUCCGACAGAAGAAAGUGAAUUUAUGUGAUUUAAUGCAACAACACUGAUGGUCUUCCUCUUUUUUCUGUACCUUCCAUAACAGGUCCAAAAUAGGCCUUGUUACAAGUGACUGCAAAAAUCCUUUACAUGCUGUCUGCAAAGAUGUCUAGUGGAUCUCAAAUGAGCAACAAGACAUCCCCUAAUACAUCUCCACAGCCCCCUCUAAGUCCAACAGCACAGUCGGACGCAGAGGGUCAUGAAGACUCAAAACCUGCUUCUGCAGCCUCUUCGUUUCCUUUACCAUGUUGGGCUACUCAGGCCCUAUGCGAUUUGGCUAAAUGUGAAACAGACCUCAGGCGACUGCGGGAGCAACAAGUCACUGAAGCGCAAACAGUAAGUCGAGGUGUGGACCGUGCACUAAUUGGAAUACAAAGGGAAGAGCGCCGUCUACUGGAAAGGGUAGAACAGGAUCAUCGUGACCUACAGCUUAGACUGGAACAAGUGCAGAGGGAAAAUGGAGCAGCCAUAAGGGUUGUGCAAAGAUUGGUGGACCAGCGAUUAUAUAAAGUCAUCAAACUUCGAGAACUAAUAAAGAAAAGUGGUGCUGAUGGUAGUAAAGAUCGAGAGUGGGAUCUCAAGCGAGACCAGCUUCUUAAAGGUGUUGCAGAGCUGGUCCAGCCUUGGGAAUUAUCACUUACACUCAAACGUGUAUCUUUCAAACCAAGUGCCCAGCCAAAUGCUAUAACCUUUGGUGAGGUCAACGUGCAGGACCAUAAUGUUCCAGUUGGAGGCUGUGGGCAACUGGGUCACAUGUGUUCCCUCCAUGCCGCCGAAGCACGCAGUGGGGGUCAUGUUGUUGGAGAGGGCAAGAGCACGACUGAUGGAACAAGCCCUUGUCAGAGCCCAGUCCCAUCUCCAGGGCCUAAUCCAAGGCACUCAUCAACUAACAGUGGGAACUUGAGGGUUGUCAGGAAGCUCCGUUUGUCAGCCCGAAGUGACGAAGAAUCAGGAGAAGAGGUAAAACAUCAGUCCCCACAACUAUUUCGCAGGUCCCCUAAUCAAGUCCCAUGUGAACGUGAUUCAUCGCAGGAGGAUGAGUGUGAAUCGCCUUUAUCUGAAUGCAAAGGAGAUGAGCUCUUUUUGGCGGUACCAUCACUUAGUCAUGGUGAGUCAGAGAGUGAAGAUUAUGCUCAGAGACAAAAUGGACCAAUCACACAGUUUGCUUCGCAAAGAGCAAGAAGGCAAAGAGAAUUCUCUCCAUCUCCAGAACAAGGUCCUCAAGAACAAGAUGGCUGGUUCUUGCAUCAGUUUGAUCAUAAAAGUCCGACCAGGAGGACUUCAGGAAAAACAUCACGGUAUGGCACAUCACCACAGAGCCCCAGAGAGAUCAACUCUAGUCAAGGCAGCAAUAACAACUUCUUUCGUGGUAGGUCUUCCUCCCAAUUAAGUGCAUCUUCAGAUGAUCACCCACAAAACCGUGCAUCAUCCCCUACUGACAGUGUAGAUUCUGGGUACACUUUUAUUGUCAGCUCCCCCAGAGAUUUCACCAAUUCCCUGCGUCCUACUGCUCGCCUUUCCAGAUCAGCUGCUGAUCUUUCCUAUUGUAACAGACCUUUAAGUGAGACCAGAAGGCAGCAGUCAAGCAUGUGGUCUGUUACCAAGAGUCAUAUGUCCUCACACUUGAGCUCCAGUUCUCAAAAAUGUGAGGCAUCACGCACAAAAUCCUGUCCCAGUCAUGGCAAUUUCUCUCAAAAGAAUACCCAACACCAUGCUCCUGGUUCCAGUAGAGUGUCUCGUUCACUUUCAAUGUCUGUUAUUGACAAUUCAUCUCAGAAAAGACAGAACCACCUUUCACCAGGACGACAGACUUCUCUAAAUGAAAAUAGACUGCGGGGAGAGAGGAGCGAACCAGCCCUCUUAGAGUUAGAAGAGGAUGCAAAAUCAAUGCCAUCAGAAGAAGUGCAUCUAGUUCGGCAGUUUGGUAGGCAAGGCUCAGGGCGUGCUGGUCUCGCACUGCCCAGUGGUGUCCAUGCUACACCCCAAGGCCAACUUUUCAUUGUGGACUGUGGGAAUGCUCGAGUCCAAGUAACUGAUCCACAAGGUAACGUCCUACAACAAGUGACUUCUGCAAGUAAUGACUCCUUAAGACAUUGCCGAAAUUACUUUGAUGUGGCCGUUAAUGCCAAGGGUCUAAUUGCUUUGAGCUGUGCAGCCGAGAGGGCUCUCCUGAUCCUUAGUCGGCAUGGGCGUCUCCUCCAAACAUUUGGAGGGGGGCCCUACAUUGCAGGAGUCCCUCGCGAUGAGUUGGAAGCUCCAAGAGGAGUGACAGUCAACCAAAGAGAUGAAUUCUUAGUUGCAGAUAUACGAAAGGGUACUCUUACUGCAUUGAAGCUUGAACCGAAAACGGGCUCCAGAUUGGAACGCACUGUGGUGACUGGUUUCCACAGGCCUUAUCUGGUAGCAGCAUGCCUUCUCUCUGGUUUAGUUGCAGUGUCUGAGCGAGGCAGUGAAAUAGGGCAGGAGCCUUGUGUGAAGAUUUUAGGACCAGGAUGGGACAUCCUACGAAUCUUAGGUGUGUGUCCCAGCUUAGGGCCUGUGCUGUCAUGUCCCUGGGGCCUUUGCAUUGACAAGGAUGGGGCUGUGUUGGUGGCAGAUUGGGGAGAAAAACAUCGAGUGCUUCUAUAUCCUUCUGAGGGACCAGGACGAGUGAUUUUGGCCGAUGGACUGAGUAGCCCUCGUGGACUUGCACUUCUACCAAAUGAUCUCCUAGUGGUGUCGGAUAGCAUGCAUCACUGCAUUAAGAUUUAUCAGUACAAGGAGCUCCUUGAAUGAGACAGGUAUUUAUUUUACUUUUGGAUGCUAAAUAGCAUGGUAUAAAGCAGGCAUUGAUAAAAUACUGUACAAUAAGUAAUAACAGUAGAACAGAUGAAUAUUAAAUGAACUAUGCAGUUGUGUGUAUUAUUUAUUUACAGUCAAGUCAAAAUAUAUAGAUUAGCUUGAUUAGCCUUAGCAUGACAAAAUGUAGAUUUUUUUUAGAGUUGUGUUUGUGCUCUUUCGUUUGUUUUUAAAGCCUGGUUGUUUCUAUUGCUAAUAUAGUGUGAUUUCUUUCCACUGCAGUGUUUUGGCUUUGUGAUAAAGCAGUAUGCUACUGAGAUUGAAUAGUCAUGCCAGCCAGCAGGAGGCAGUAAUAACACACAAACACAUUAAUGCAUUUGAAGUCUUUUGGCUCCUAAUGCAAUUUAAAAAUAAAACUGCAACGUCAAUAAAGCCAUUUGUAACAACAAUGCAUAUUAUAGUCAUAACAAGAUGAUUUGAGAUUUUCUGUUUACCAUUAUUCUGCUUAGCUGUAAAUAGCAACAGGAAUGCAACCACUCAGUGAGAAAUAUUCUUGGCAUGGGUUUGCAAUCUCAAAAGAGAACUAGAAGCACUGGAAUACUUUGAAAAAUUCUGAAUUGUUUCCUGCUAGUUCAAGAAUCCUCACAGUCCUGUUAUGACUCUGAAACAGAGACUCUCAAAGCUCAACAAGGCUUGUUGGCUAACCAAACACACCCAGACUGCUGUCUUUACUGUUUGGAUUUAAGCUCGACACAGUCUCUUAGCUUGCCUUGUUUAAGAAGAGUAGGCAUGGCUAUGCUACAUCUACUCACUCGUUGGAGGAUCUACAAACAUGCAAACAGUCAUAUAGCUUUAUUUCAGAUUUUUUUUUUUUCAAAGAAAUGUGUUGCAUGCUCUGCGAUAUCCUUCCUCUGCCCUAAGAAUGGUUUGUUAUUCCAUAGAAAAGUGUUCCUCUCCCUUGUUUACGCUGUCAGAGGAUGUGGUGUCUCCUUGUCGGUCAGGAAGCAGAGCCUUGUCUUUGACUUUGUGCGAGACUCAAGCCGGAAUUAAUUGAACUAAGGUUUUCAUCAAGUCCAUAGAGCCCUUUUCCUCUCAUGUGUAAUGACUGAUCUAAAACAGUGGCUUAAGCUACACUUUCUAAGCGGAUAAUCUAUUUAUUUUUUAGGUCACAUUAUUGUGGAAUAGUGAGAAAACAUUGGUACUUUGAAACCUGAAAAGUUAACUUGUGAGGAAACCAAUUGUGGCAAACCAUUUAAGUUUUGAAACAAAAUGGUUUGAGUGUUGUUAACUUAUAUUUAAAUAUACACUACCGGUCAAAAGUUUGAGGUCAGUAGGAAUUUUU